AGUAAGACUAAAAAAGAGAAGAGAGGGAAGAGAAAAUGCGAUGGUGAGCGCGGGAAAUUCUCCAAAUCAACGAAAAUGGCUUUGAACACACCAAUACGGUCAAACAUCACACCUCUCUCCAACUCAAUCUUCAAAUCUAAACCGGUUUUCUUACACGAAUGGUGGCUUGUCAAGCCCCUCAACCACUGCAACGGUUUUGCUCUUGCUGGCAUUGCUUCAACGCCGGGAGAAAGAAUGUUUGUUUCAUCUGUGAUUGUAAAGGUACAUGAACCCAAUGUUGUAGAGACCGAUGAUGGCAUCGUCGUAGGCUUCCGCGGUUUCAUUAACUCCUCUCGUACAUUACAAAAUGGUUUUCCUUCUCAGGUAUGCCAACGUUUCUCAAUUGGAUUUCCACACGAUUGGAAAAAAUUGUCUGCACAUUUAGGAAAUGAAUGUGAUUAUAUGGAUAAAGUUAAUGAUUUUGAUGUUUCAAAUGCUUCUUCCCACAAAGAAACAAUUGAUGAUACUUCACAGGAAGCUAUGAAAGCUCAAGCAGAUGAAACUUUGCAGGAAACGGAAGGUAAUGAUAAUAUUGCGAGUCAUAAGUUGUCUCAUCCACAGGUUGAGGAGGCUUAUAAUGGUGAAAAUAAAGUCUCAGAUUUUGACGACUCGAAUGCUUCAAUCCACAAAAAGACAGCUGACGUGACAUCGCACAAAGCUAAGGAAGCUGAGGAUGACGACAAUGCCGGGAAUCUUAGGAUGUCUCAGCCGCAGGUUGACGUGAUUAAUAAUGGUGAAAAUGGUGUUUCAAGUGUUACUACACGUGAAAGUAGCCAAUCUAAGAUGGGUGUGUUUGAAUUUGAUCCUGUCUUGGAGCAAAGCAGUGUCAAGUCUCCACAUCACCCGAAGAAAUUGAAGUUAUCUAGUGACCACAAGGAGAAUAAUAAACGUCUCAAGCAGAAGAUUAUAGAGGAUCCUGGUAACUCAUUUAGAAGGGUGACAAGAAGCAUUGCCAAAAAUAGUCACAUAAUGCUUUAAAAGGAUGGGAAAGUUGAAGUAAAAAUAUUAUACCUUCUCUUGAUAGAAGAUCCUCUAGGUUACAUUAUUAUUAUAAAAAAUGAGUUGUUUACAAUUAUUCUGUUGGAUUUUUAUCCUAACUGAGCAAUUAUUUUGCUUGUUUUGUAAGAUAUAAAGGUAGGUGUAGUUGUCCUAGGAUUUGAAGGCCUUUAGAAUGUUAUAAUUGGUGCCUGAGGAAAGCUUAUUUUAUUAGUUUUAGAGUUUUCUUCUUUUUACUUGCCCCUGUUUUGGCUUGUUGAAUUUAGGGCAUGUUACACAUCUAGGACUCUGGUAGUUAACUCUGGUUUUGUUGAAUUUUACUAAUCAUUAUUAAUAACAAAUGUUAAAUUGCAUAGAAUUUUACU